AUGAUCCGAGCGCUCCCAUGGCUGGUAUGCGCCGCCCUCCUGCUCCUGUGCGGAGGGACAGAGGAGGAUGCAUACAUGGCGAGCAGGGCAGAGACAUGGCUGAACUUGGCUUCGGUGUUCGAGCAGCGAGGGAGGACGACGGACGCUCUGCGUGCUGCUCGGACAUGCUUGCGGUUGCAGGCUGAGGACGCCAGGUGUCUGUCCAUGCAGGGACGGAUCCUCGCCGCACACCUGGGCUAUGAGCAUGUAUCCCUUGGCUACUUCAUGCGCGCCGCCAGCAUCGCUCCCUCCCUGCCAUCGCUCAUGAACCUGGGGCUCGCCUACUCGCACGUCUACGACAACAGGAGGGCAGGAGAGGCGUACGCGGCAGCGCUGGAGCACGAGGAGAGCAUUGCCGUCUGGUCUCAGUGUCUCUUCCGGCUGUGCGAGGUGAAGCAGAUGAUCUGCGAGGACUGGGGGGGUCAGGAGGAGAGGAUGAGCAUGCUGAGGAGGACAACGGAGGAGCUGAUCAGCAAGGGGAUGAAACCCAUCUCCCCCUUCCUUGCCAUGUCCCUUCCUCUCCCCCCCGAAGACAUCCUGGCCAUCACUCGCGCACAUGCUCAUCUUGCUGUGAAGGGAGCAGAGCACGAGCGGCAGUCCUCCAACCAGUCUCUUCCGUUCCCCGUGCUGCGAGCAGGUGAGAGGAGGGGGGAAGGAAGGAAGGGUGGAGCAGGAGCAGGAGCAGGAGCAGGAGCAGGAGCAGGAGCAGGAGCAGGAGCAGGAGCAGGAGCAGGAGGAGCAGGAAGAGAAGGAGUAGGAGGAGCAGGAGCAGGAGCAGGAGCAGGAGCAGGAGCAGGAGCAGGAGCAGGAGCAGGAGCAGGAGCAGGAGGAAGGAGGCUAAGAGUGGUCUACUUGAGCGCGACCUUCGAUCCUAACAAGCUCAUGAACGGCUUCCUGCGGGACGUGUGGUGGAGGCAUCCUACCAGCCAGGUAGAGGUUCACUGUGUAGCCUGGGACAUGCGGGAGGAGGGAGGAAGGCGAUGGAUCAGGGAGCAGGUAGAACACUUUCACUCAGCUGAGCACCAGUCGGAUCUUGGAGUCGCUCAGCUGGUUAACGCUCUCCAUGCUCACCUGCUCGUUGAGCUGGUCGGGUGGUACCCCGAGCAGAGGAGCGGAAUCGUAGCCCAUCGACCAUGCCGCGUGCAGUCACUGUAUCGCUUCAUCGGAGGAGGAGGAGGGAGAGGAGACAAUCUGUACAUCACAGACAGCACCUCCCUCCCUCCUGAGCUCGUCGGGCUCGUCGACGAGAAGAUCCUCUACCUUCAACCCCUCUACCUUGCCUGCGGACACGCUCGCACUUUCGCUCAGGCUGCUGCUCAGCAGCUCUCUCGACACAGAGAAGAAUUUGUCUCCAAGUACAACCUGAGUAAGGAUGCGAUCUUAAUCGGCGCUCUCAACAAAUACUACAAGAUCUCCCCGGAGCUCUGGAGCACAUGGUGCAACAUACUCCUCAGCCAUCCCCGAGUUGUUCUCAUCGUCAUCCGAUACAGGGAUAUCCAACGGCCAUACCACAGUGCUCGACAUGGCUUGGGCAGACGUCCCUGUCCUGACCUGGGCCGGCCCAUCGAAAGCUUCUCGCGUCGCCUC